GUUUUUUAAGAACGGCAUUUAACCCAAUUUACGCAACGUUUCGGACAUGUGCUACAUACGGGUUCUUUUCAACUAAAUUUCCAACAUGGGUCGCAUGCACAAUCCUGGAAAGGGUAUAUCCCAGUCAGCACUCCCUUACAGACGAUCAGUUCCAACAUGGUUGAAACUGACAUCAGAAGAUGUUCAAGAACAGAUUUUUAAGCUGGCAAAGAAAGGAUUGACUCCUUCACAGAUUGGUGUGAUUUUGAGAGAUUCUCAUGGUGUGGCUCAAGUGAGAUUUGUCACUGGAAACAAAAUUUUGAGAAUCUUGAAGGGAAAGGGUCUUGCAUCGGACAUCCCAGAAGAUCUCUAUUACCUGAUCAAGAAAGCUGUCAACAUCAGAAAACAUUUAGAAAGAAACAGGAAGGACAAGGAUGCCAAGUUCAGACUGAUUCUUGUAGAGAGCAGAAUUCACAGAUUGGCCAGAUACUACAAGACCAAGAGAGUUCUGCCACCAACCUGGAAAUACCAAUCCGCCACUGCUGCAGCUAUGGUACAGUAAAGACUUUAUAGAUGUCGUACCUUGUACAGUCUCUCUAAAUAAAUGAAAAAAAUCUGAA